AUGCCCUACACCCUACGCCCUAUGCUCUACGCCCUACACCCUACACCCUACGCCCUACACCCUAUGCUCUAUGCCCUACACCCUACGCCCUACACCCUAUGCUCUACGCCCUACACCCUACACCCUAUGCUCUACGCCCUACACCCUACACCCUAUGCUCUAUGCCCUACACCCUACGCCCUACACCCUAUGCUCUACGCCCUACACCCUAUGCUCUAUGCCCUACACCCUACGUCCUACACCCUAUGCUCUAUGCCCUACACCCUACGCCCUACACCCUAUGCUCUACGCCCUACACCCUACACCCUAUGCUCUAUGCCCUACACCCUAUGCUCUAUGCCCUACACCCUACGCCCUACGCCCUACACCCUAUGCCCUACACCCUAUGCUCUAUGCUCUACGCCCUACACCCUAUGCUCUAUGCCCUACACCCUACACCCUAUGCUCUACGCCCUACACCCUAUGCCCUACACCCUAUGCUCUAUGCCCUACACCCUACGCCCUAUGCUCUACGCCCUACACCCUAUGCUCUAUGCCCUACACCCUACGCCCUAUUCUCUAUGCCCUACGCCCUACACCCUAUUCUCUAUGCCGUACACCCUACACCCUAUUCUCUAUGCUCUACACCCUAUGCCCUACGCCCUACACCCUACACCCUAUUCUCUAUGCUCUACACCCUAUGCCCUACGCCCUACACCCUACACCCUAUUCUCUAUGCCCUACACCCUAUGCUCUCCGCCCUACACCCUACGCCCUAUUCUCUAUGCCCUACACCCUACACACGCGGGACUCCUACAUUAA